GAGCCAUCCAGCAUAGCACUUUCACUUUGAGCGAAGCCUGUGUCUGAGUGAGGACAUACGCACUGGCCAGAGGGAGAGACAGAGAGGAGGAGGCCAGUGUCUCUCCUGCCUUAUCCAUUAACCAGAACCGAGGAAGAAGCGAGUGAAUCAGAUUAGGCUGCUCAGGAACAUUCUAGGUCAGCAGUGAAAAGGAGAAAAAGAUAUAGUUAAAAAAGAAGAAGGAAAGAAAAACAAACAAAAGCUCUAAAAGAGGAAAAAAAAUGCAGCCACUCAGGCACUAGUGGGAAAAUCCAAAGUGAGAGAGCAGGAUGGCGUGAGGACAAAUAAGGCAUUUUUUGGAAAGUACCAGUGGAACUCAAAGGGGAAAAAAUGUAUAAGAGUUGUCAACAAGAAGACUGAACAUCAAGCUGUGGAGGAGAAGACGCAGCAGCGCACUCUGUGUCAAAGACCUCAAGAAACCACAGAGGAGGAAACAGACCGACACAGAACCCCGUCUGCAGAGUGAUUGCCAUCCACAAGAGAAAUGGAGAAGUGUCCGUUCUUAGAAAGAUAAAAAGGAUGUCACUGCCAGUUUUGCUGUUGCUAUCACUCUGGACUGUCCAAUGUGGUGGAUGUGACUUUGACUUGGAGGGUGUGAAAAACAUUAAAACGACUAUUGAAUCUAAUCCAACUGGAUUUCGGACAGUAUUUCCAAAGGAUUACUAUGUUGAGCAUCACUACACUAAAAACAUGCUCUGCUCUGAUCCGUGUUGUGUGUUCCCUGCUGCAGUCGUCCUCCUAGACUCCUGGCAUGUGCUUCUCCGAAACCUCUGGGAUGAGCACUUAAAUCACUCCCUAAUUCUCGACCUAAAGCAGACACUGGAAAAAAUUAUUAAAAAGAACAAAUAUACAGAGAGGUUCCAGGAGGAGACAGACCUGUCCCAUUACUCCACAUCAUCUUCCUCUCCUGAGCAACUCCUCAAGCUAACGUCUGAACUUUUCACCAAGUGGCUCGAUAUUGGAUGUUUACCUUCGAUUGAAACUUGCUCACUGCCAACUUUGCCCCCCUCUGUCGAAAGGAAGGACUACGGUCCGUCGAGGGCCAGACUCUUGACCACUCGAGCUAUCAGCAGUGUGGAGGAAAGUCAGCUUGACAAGAUCAUUGACUAUGAACACACCCCGUCCAGCAGUGGUCCUCUUUCCCUAUCAUAUUCUGCUUCUUUCUGGAGCCCCUUACUAUUCAGACUCUACUGGUGGCUGUUGCCAUAGUUACAACAAAAGGUCUUUUCGAUGAUGCACACAAAAUGCAAGAUGUUUCCUGGCACUGAAUGAUUGUUUCUUUUACUUGUCUGAUGCAGUUAAGCUUUGUUAAUAUAUGAAGUGACAUGUGCGUGUUGCAUUUAAUGUCCAAAGACAUUGUGAAUAUAGAUGCGUCCACUGUCCACCGCAGACAAACAUAUAGCUAUCCUCUUUUAGAGCAAGUCACAAACUCCAGCUAGCCAUGCUCUCCAUGCUAACAAGAGAUCGAUUCUGAGCAAGCAAAUGCACGUAAAGCCUCGUCUAUUGAUGUGGAAUUCAUCACUGUUUACAAUGAAUAUUGUGUAAAUGUAAGAUAUUACUGCCUAUGGGAGUUUACUUUUGUACAUAAAUAUAAAUUAAAGACAUUUAGAUAUUUGCA